GCCGCCCCGAGCACGGCGUCCCCGCCCGCCGCAGGGAGCCACCCGCUGUGAGGGGCGGGGGCCGCUGCGGAGCGAGCGCUGGGGAAUAAGGCGUGCGGGGCGGGACGGGUCCGCGAGAGAAUUGGAUGAAAGAGCUGAAGUGUGGUUUCGCUUCUUGCUGUCCUGCCCUCAUCUGUUUGCUUAGCACCAGCGCGGCUGUCACACGUGGAUUUGCGCCGUCGUUUGCUUUGUGUAUAUUGUCCCGCUGACAGCAUCUCUCCUCCGUCCCUGCUACUCCAACCUGGAAAUUAAAACACGGGGAAAGUGGUAUUCCAUCAGGCAUCUCCUGCACCUUGAUCAGGAGUGAAGGGAAAGUGAAGGAUCAUGUCGGAGUUCUGGCUGAUUUCUGCCCCAGGAGAUAAAACAAACCUGCAGGCAUGGGAGAGAAUGAACACGGUGACAUCCAAAUCCAACUUGUCCAGCAACAGCAAAUUCCAUAUUCCAGACUUAAAGGUGGGGACACUGGAUGCUCUUGUUGGUCUGUCAGAUGAGUUGGGAAAACUUGAUAGCUUUGCUGAAAGCGUAAUUAAGAAAAUAGUCCAGUAUAUAGGAGAAGUUAUGGAGGACUCCAAAGAUAAAGUCCAGGAAAAUCUUCUGGCCAACGGAGUUGACCUGAUUAGCUACUUGACCCGGUUUGAGUGGGAUAUGGCCAAAUAUCCCAUAAAGCAGCCACUGAAGAAUAUAUCAGAAGCAUUAGCAAAGCAAGUUACUCAGAUAGAAGCAGACCUAAAGACCCGAUCAGCUGCAUACAACAACAUUAAAGGAAAUUUGCAAAGCCUGGAGAAAAAAACUGUGGGAAACUUGCUGACUCGGACCCUCGCAGACAUCGUGCAUAAAGAAGACUUUGUUCUGAAUUCCGAGUACCUCAUCACACUGCUAGUCGUGGUGCCAAAAUCAAGCUACGUACAGUGGCAGAAGACCUAUGAAUCCCUGUCUGAUAUGGUAGUGCCUCGCUCCACCAAAAUGAUUGCUGAGGAUGCCGAGGGAGGACUCUUUACAGUCACCCUAUUUAGAAAAGUGAUGGAUGACUUCAAGGCUAAAGCUAGAGAGAACAGGUUCAUGGUUCGAGAGUUUUAUUUUGAUGAGAAGGAACUGAAAUGUGAAAAGGAAGAGCUGAUGAAGCUAGCUUCUGAUAAGAAACAGCAGUAUGGCCCAUUACUGCGCUGGCUGAAAGUGAACUUCAGUGAAGCAUUUGUGGCUUGGAUUCACGUGAAAGCCUUGAGAGUUUUUGUUGAAUCAGUCCUGAGAUAUGGCCUUCCAGUGAACUUCCAAGCAAUGUUGCUGCAACCAAAUAGGAAAUCAGUAAAACGCCUGAGAGAUGUCCUAAACGUGGUCUUCAAACAUCUAGAUGAAGUUGCAGCAGCAAGUAUAAUGGAUCCUGGCAUGGACAUCCCUGGUUUACAACUGAGUAAUCAGGAAUACUAUCCUUAUGUCUAUUUCAAGAUUGACCUCAGUCUUCUCGAUGGCAGUUAAGAGGAACAAACCAACCAUUUCAUCUAUUAAUUUUCAAGACCCAAAUGUUAUAAGAAUUUUUAGCUGUUGAAAUUCAAAUUGAAAUGCUGAUGAAUAAGAUUUUUCUAACACUGUCAGUAAUUUUUUUAAGUGGCUUCAAACAUCUUCAGUUCAUAGCAUUAUAAAAACAUUUCCGAGGCAGAUGAUACUAUGGUAGUAUUUAUUAUUUUUUGGUAAAUUACAAAGAUGGAAUCUCUAUUGGACUUAAAAUUAAACAGUUUUGUGGCUGAUUUUUGGUGUGGUGGCUAAUGUUUCUACUAACUGUACAGUACUGACUUUGUAACAAAGCAAACUUCAACCAGGAAAAAAGAAAGGACAGAGCAUCAAAGCAAAGCCCCAAGGCUUUUGUUUGUUUCUUAAGAAGAGUUUAAAAGAUUGACUGGAGAAUGACUUGCGGUUCCAAGUGCUCACAAGUUCAGUUUUUGCCAAGACACAUCAGUUAGAACACAUCUGUUAGAAUAGCGGGGACAAUGCAGAAUUGAAGUAGGUUUCCUGCCCCACAUCAGUGGUCAGGCUGCCUGCCAACACUUACUACUGCUCCUAGCUCAGCGCUAUGCAAGGCAAGCUCUUACACACAACACCAGAUGAAAUAUUCCCAUUUUAAGUUAUUUCCUUGAAAAUAUGGGAACUUUCAGUUCCUUCAUUCCCUACUUGGAAACAAACUGAUCACGAGGGUCACUUUACUAGACAGUGAUAAACAAGACAUGGAGAGCAGCAAAAGGCUAUGGUGUUUUCUUAUUAAGAAAAGAAAAAAAAGGAGCGCUAACUGUCUUUACUCCCAACUCUGCUUCCUCUUCAAAGGUAACUGCAAUUUCAUAUCAAAACAAUGUCAGAUGGAAAGAGAAAUACCAGAUCCAGUCUGCCAGAGACAGCACUUUGGCUUUUUACUAUUAGCACCUAGAAAUACUCAUGCCCUAAAAAUGGGGAUUAGUUUCACUGCCACUCCUGGGGAAAAAACCAGCAGCUCCCAGCUCAGCAGCGUCUUCUACUGGAUGGCAUCUCCCAUUGCAACAGCAACCCAACUCCCAUUGUUUUAAUGAUCACAUCAAGGCUGGCACAAAGAAAGAGAAAACCCCUGAGAAAGAAUAGGAAAGGGAAGCCUGAAGAACAUUUAAGCUAAGAUGGCCUCUCCAACCAAGCUUUAGCACAAACCAUCAAUACCUUUCACAGUUAAAGCAUUCAGGAUAGCUCUCUUCCCCAGCCUCUCUCUUCUGCCAUUUGCUUCUGAAGAGUCAUUCAAACCAGGAUAACUCUCAGCAUGUGCACCUCCAUUUCUCUGUACAAGACUAACACUGUGUGUCAAAAAUAUUCCGUUUUAUUUAAUUGAAACAGAAGACCAGGUUCUACCUCCACAGAAAAGAAAAAAACACAUUUAAAAUUGGUUACACUAACAGCCUUCUGUAACACUCAAACAGCACACUGUCAAAAAAAAUAAAACCCAAGAUGUUUCAAAGAAAAAAAAAAA